UAUGAAAGGUUCUAUUGUCGGAUUGUGGCUGCUAACCGCAGUUAUUACAUUGAAUCCGAUAGCCAAUUCAGAGGUUGUCGGUUAUCGUCUAAGCAGAUACAUACGCCCAUCGUUUUAUAAUUUAUCUAUCAAUAUCCAAGACGAUGCAUCGAAUCCGGGCACAACGUUUAAUGGCGAAGUCGCCAUAACUCUGCAGUCGAAUCAGAGCAACUUACUGGAAAUAACUUUACAUAAAAGGCUUCUUAAUAUAACACGCUGCUUGCUAUACAAUAAGGAUGGUCGCCUGCAACAAGGUAUUGCAGCUAGUCAACUGCGGUAUGACAAUGAGACUGAACUGCUGACAGUGGCUCUUUUGCAGCCAUUGAUUGCUAAUGCAAACUACACGUUGUACUUUAAGUACUCAGGGAAAGUACAAUCUGAUACGUUAGGUCUAUUUUCAAAGGAAAACUGGAACUCUGGGAACUCUAGUGCCAGAGCUCACAAAGUGUUUUUAACACAAUUCGAAUCUAUAGAUGCCCGAUUUGUAUUUCCCUGUUUUGAUGAACCUGCAUUCAAGGCAAAGUUUCAGCUUCACAUUGGUCGACCAAGUGGCUAUUAUGCCGUCAGCAACACUAGAUUGAUACAAACAACAAAUGAGGGCAAUCAUUAUUUUGUGGAUCACUUUGACGUAACUCCCACCAUGUCCACAUAUCUAGUCGCCUUUCUAAUAUCAAACUAUCAGGCUCGAGGCAAUAUUAGCGACUUUGCUGUUUUAUCAUCGCCGGAACAUUACAAUAAGACAGAGUUCAGUUACAAUGUUGGAAAACGCGUAGUGAUGGCAUUCAAUGAACUAUUCCCCAUAUCAUAUAAACAAUUGGGAAAUGACGUCCUACUUUUUGCGAGUGUACCUUCGUUUGAUAUCGUCGGCAUGGAGAAUUGGGGCCUCAUAUUUUACAGCGAAGAACUACUGGUGCAAAAACCCGGCUACACUGACGGUUUUGUGCACAAAGAGUUUACUUGCCGAAUGAUUGCACAUGAGAUGGCCCACAUGUGGUUUGGAAACAGUGUCACCUUAUCCUGGUGGAGUCAUUUCUGGUUAAAUGCAGGAUUUGCCCGUUUGUAUGAGAUCCUCGUCACACAUAAGCUCUACCCAGAAUAUCAUUUGGAUCAACAGUUUGUUAUACAUCUUCAGACGAUAUUUGAUGAAGACGCUAUGAAUAGUUCCCAACCAUUAAGUAGUUCCGAAUCGAGCAUACAAACAGAAUCUGAAUUUGAAGAACUUUUCGGAAGUUUUUCAUAUGAAAAGUGUGCUAGCAUUAUUCGAAUGUGGCGAAGCGCAAUGGGAGCCGUCAACUUUGAUAACACAAUUAAUAGUUACCUGAAGCAAUAUCAUUUAAAAAACACAAAUCCCAGCGAUUUGUUCGCUCAUCUCAAGCAAAACUGGCCAGCUCAACCUGAAGUUGUUUUGGAUACGUUCUUUUCCGACUUCACGGAGCAGGUGGGCUACCCAAUGGUCAUUGUGAACAUCACCCAGGAUAACCAAAAAAUAAUUCUACGCCAAAAACGUUUUCUGUAUAAUUAUGAUGACGGUAGUGAUGCCACUUUACGUUACACCAUUCCAAUUACGUUCGCCACGAAUGUGAAGAACACAUUUGAUAAUCUAACACCUUACACGUACUUCGAUAAGAAUAACACUACGGUUGAGAUCUUUUUCAAGGAACCCAUUGAAUGGAUAAUCUUGAACCUUAAGCAAACUAGUUACUAUCGAGUGCUCUACGACAAACCAAUUCUUGCCCAACUUAAACUGGCCCUCUCCAAGAACGGACACAGUUCAAUUCCAGUUGAAAAUCGUGCACAGAUUAUUGACGAUCUCUUCAACUUUGCUCACCCUGGAAUGAUUGAUUACGUGGAUGUGUUUGAAUUUUUAGAGUAUUUGAAAAACGAAUUCGAUUAUGUUCCGUGGUAUGCUGCCUACAAAGGUUUGAUAAGGGUAUCGCAACGAUUAACCCCACAUCAAUUGCCCUAUUUCGCGAAAUAUCUUAAUAAUAUUACAUCCGCGGUCUUCGCCAAGCUAACUGUCAAAUCGAAUAGCAACGAUACAGUAAUGGAUGUGUAUAAUCGACAAUUGCAAGUGUCUCUCCUCUGUAAAUACCAAAAUACCGAAUGCAAUAACCAAGUAAAACUUAAUUUUGAGGCGGAUCUCGAGAAGCCUUCCCCAGAUUAUCGUGAAACCUUUUUACUGUGCAGCAGCACGCACAACAGGUUAUGCCCGAAUCCUCGAUCUAUAUUCAAGAUUGUUGAGAAUAAGACCGUUGGCGUGACACAGAUGUAUGAGGAGAAUCCCGAUUUAAUUACACCCAUUUUAUCCAUGCUAGCAGAGAACAUUACGAAGUGGAGCAAUUUUUUGGGCGAUUCAUGGGAAACGUUAGUAAUGUUGAAUAAAAUGUCUGAGUCCUUCACAACCGUGGAGCAGGCAAAUCUAUUCGCUGAAUUGAUCGAUAAAAAUUCGGAAUUCUUUGGUACAGACGUUGAAGUGCUUGAAUCCGCUCUGGAAAGAGUAAAAAAGAACCUAGAUAUUGAGCUUGCUCUCAGCAUGAAAGGUUCUGGCAUCGGAAUGCGGCUUCUGGCCGCCGCUGUCAUAUCACUUCUGAUAGCCACUUCGGACUGUGCCGGUUAUCGUCUCAGCAACAACGUAUGGCCAUCGUUCUACAACUUAACCAUUAAUAUACAAGGCGAUACCACAAAUCCGGGCAGCACAUUCGAUGGAGAAGUCGCAAUAACUUUGCAGACAAAUCAGAGCAACUUACAGGAAAUUACACUCCACAAAGAUGCGCUAGACAUCUCAAGCUGUUCGCUCUAUAACCAGAAUGGUCUCUUACAACAGAGUGUGGCAACGGCUUCGCUGAUAUUUGACCAAGAGACACAACAGCUGACAGUGCCGCUGUCUCAAGCGCUGACUGCCAACGUGAAUUAUACGCUGCACUUUCAGUUCACAGGGACUGUAAGAACUGAUUUGGUUGGCUUAUUCUCGGCCAGCUAUGUGGAGCCAGAGAGUGGCAAGACCAAAUGGGUUCUGCUGACACAGAUGCAGCGCAUCAAUGCCCGGCUUGUGUUUCCCUGCUUCGAUGAGCCAGCCCUUAAGGCACAGUUUGAAGUACACAUUGGGCGACCAAAUGGCUUCAACUCGAUCAGCAACACUCGAUUGAAAGCAACAACAAGCGAUGCAGCUAAUAAUCGCUAUGUGGAUCACUUUGAAGUGACGCCUUUGAUGUCGACCUAUCUCUUGGCAUUUGUUAUCUCCGAGUAUUCCCGAGUACAGGGAGACACAGAGUUGGCUCUAUAUUCACGGCCAGAGAAUAUUAACAAGACAACAUUCAGUUACAAGGUUGGACAACAAGCGCUGGCCGCCUACAAUGAGAUAUUCCAACUACCAUACAAACAACUGGGAAAUGAUGUGCUGCAAUUCACGAGCUCGCCUCGUUUUCCCCACAACGGCAUGGAGAACUGGGGUCUUAUCAUUUACAGCGACGCUGUGCUGGUGCAGGAUGCUGGCUAUACUGACGGCCUCAAGGAUCUGGAGUUCACCACUCGCAUCGUUGUGCAUGAGGUGUCCCAUAUGUGGUUUGGCGACAGUGUCACCUUCUCCUGGUGGAGCUACUUUUGGCUCAACGAAGCCUUUGCCCGCUACUACGAGUACUUCAUGACUCACCUCCUGAGUCCAGAGUAUCAGUUGGAUCAACAGUUUGUUGUGCGACAACUGCAGUUAAUCUUACGCACAGAUGCCGUGGCCAGCACACAACCCAUGACCAGUCUGGAGGCAAAUGUGCAAACUCCUGCUCAGAUUGCCAACAAGUUCAGCAGCAUCGCUUAUGCCAAAGGCGCUAGCAUCGUUCGCAUGUGGCGGAAUAUUAUGGGAGGCGAAAACUUUGAGAAGUCCAUCAACAGCUAUCUAAAAGAAUACCACUUGAAUUCUACCAAGCCCAGCGAUUUGUUUGCCCAUCUUAAGCAAAAUUGGCCAGCUCAGCCUGCAGUAGAUUUGGAUGAGUUCUUUACCGACUACACGGAACAGGAAGGUUAUCCCAUGAUCACAGUGAACUUCACCGAGGAGAAUCACCGAGCUGUGCUAAGACAGAAACGCUUUUUAUCCAAUCCUGGAGAUGGCAGCAAUGCCACAAUUCUCUACACUAUUCCGAUAACAUUUGCGACGAAUUUGAAGCCCAACUUCCAAAACAUGACGCCUGGGAUUUAUUUCAGAAAAAAUAUAACUCAGGUUCAAUUGAAUUCCCAGAAUCCACUCGACUGGAUCAUACUAAAUGUCCAGCAAUCCAAUUACUAUCGUGUGCUCUACGACACUCCGAUUUUGAACAACAUUCAACUGGCUUUGACUCAGUCUGAUCACAGUUCCAUUGCCGUUGAGAAUCGUGCCCAGCUCAUCGAUGAUCUUUUUAACUUUGCCUAUGCCAAAAUGUUGGAUUACGCCGAGGUCUUCCAGUUUAUUGAGUAUAUGAGCAAGGAAGUCCAUUACAUUCCCUGGUAUGCGGCCUACACUGGCAUGGAGCGUGUGGCAAAGCGUUUAACGCCACAUCAGCUGACAAAUUUCGAGAAAUAUCUGAAGGACAUUACAGCGGCGGUCUACGCAAAGCUAACUGUCAAUUCAAGGGACUACGAUGUUCCGCUGGAUGUGUACAACCGAGAGAUGCAAGUGUCCUGGCUGUGCAAAUAUCAAAAUACCGCUUGCAACAACGACGUGAAGAUCAGCUUUGAGGGGAACGUGGAGCAACCAUCGCCAGACUAUCGUGAAACCUUCUACUGUGCAGCUGCUCGCACCACGGGCUAUGCUCGAGUGCUGGAGUUGUACCAGAAGGAAACAAAUAGUGCUGAGAGGGAGCUGCUUUGGAGAGCUGCCAGCUGCACGAGGGAAUAUCGCAAUCACUACACGACACAGAUACUGGGCAACUCGACAACAGUGGCUCAAAAGACAACAGGUUUGGCGCAGAUGUAUGAACAGAAUCCCGAUUUGAUCAGUGCCAUAUUCUCAAUGAUCACUGAGGAUAUUCAGCUGUUGUAUGCAGCUUUGGGCAGCUGGUCAACCACAGCUGAAGUGCUGAGCGAUUUGGCCGAUUACUUUACAACAUCAGAGCAAGAGCAACAAUUCUCCGAAUUCAUAGACAAAAACUCGGCGCUAUUUGGUGAUUCGGCCUCAACAUUGAAGACAGCUCAGAGCACAGUGAGCACAAAUCUGCAAUGGGCAGAUCAGCGUUUGGGCAAAUUAGUCAAUUUUUUGGCAUCAAGAAAUAGCGCCGCUGGACUCACGAUAGCCACAACUUUGCUAAUGCUGAUGUCGACUUUAAUAAGUUUAUUGUUGAAGUAGCCAAUGUUGGCAAAUGUUGAUUCAUUGUAAAUUAAAUUAUAUAGGAUAAUUUGUAAAUACUUUUCUAAUAUCAAUCAAAAUAUACUUUGUA